GCGGGAGCGUCGCGCAGAGUCCCGCGGCGAGGCGGUCCUUGCGCAGCUCCUGUAGGCCUGGGGCUACCGCGGCCCCGACCCCAGGCAAGAUGUGGCGGCGCUGGGAAGCGGGAUGGGACGAGAAGAGGGAGCUGCAGGAACUCAACUCCCGGCUGCGGGUCUUCGUGUCCCGCGUGCGGGAGCUGGAGGAGGAGAACCGCUUUCUGGCGCGGGAGCUGGCGGAGCUGCGGGAGCAGGAGCUGAUCGGGCUCCGGGUGCCCGAGCAGGAGCUGGCCUGGCUGCGGAUGCAGCUGGAGGAACUGAGUCGGGCGAAGCUGGAAGCGGAGCUGGAGCGGGACGGGCUGCGGCGGGAGCUGGAGCAGCUGCAGCUGCUGGGCGCCGAGGUGCUGGCGAUGCGGCGCCGCCUGGAACCCGAGCUGGCCGGGCAGCGGGAGCUGCUGGAGCGGCUGCGGGGCGAGUGCUUCGCCCUGGAGGAUCUGCUGCUGCAGCUGCGGGCCGAGCACGGGCACCUGGCGGACCGGCAGCGGCGGGAGGCGGUGGAGAUUCGUGAGCUGCGGAUGGACCUGGCCGCCUUGCCGCCCCCCUUGGCCGGGCUGAGCCUGGAGGAGCUGGAGGAGACCUACGAGAUGCUGCUCAGCCAGAGCUGCCGGGAGACCCUGCUGCGCUACCAGGAGCAGAUCCAGAUGCUGCAGGAGCAGGAGGCGCAGCGGAGCCGGGAGAGCCUGGAGCUCCUGCGGGAGGAGAGCCGGCAGUGCCGCCAGCACCUGGAGGACCUCCACCGCCAGGGCCAGGAGCUGUGCGGGCUCCGGGAGCGGCUGGAGCAGGAGCUGCUCGCCUUGCAGGACCGCCACGGGGCCGAGGUGGAAGAGUACCAGAGGAUAAUUGACGCCCUAGAAGAAGAAAAGCAGUUCCUGACCAUGUCAAUCACAGAUUACCUGAAGGACUAUCAAGAACUACUGCAGGUGAAAGCAGGCCUCAUCCUCGAAAUUGAAACCUACAGAGCUUUGUUAGAAGGGGAGAGCAACCAGUGGAUUAUUACAUGGAGAGAUCAGCAUACAGGGAAAUUGCCUCAAGAUAUUAUAAACACUUCAUAUAACUACACUGAUAUUUACUCUACUUAUGAAGAAAGAAAUAGAAAUAAAGCUUCACCAGCUAGCAGGAUCACUGAUACAAGACAUAGAAUGCCAGUGACAAAUACUAGCAGUUCUGCACGUUAUUCAGCUCAAUCAACACAGGCUGGAUCACAGACAACAGCUAGUGGAAGAGCUUUUGGAAGAGAUGUACUUGGUUCAAUAUAUCGUCCUUCAACAACUGUUACAAAGGAUGAAAGGAUUGUAACAGACCACAAAGAAUUAAGAACAUUUACUCCAGCCUACAGUAGGUGGAAAAAUACCGAAAUGCAGCAAAAGACAAUCCCAGAAAGAAAGAAAACAGAAGUUACAACUUCAUCAACAGUAUCUUUUUCAAAAGAAUCAGCACAUGCUGAAAGUUCAGACAAGGACCACAAAGCUGACACAAAGCCUUCUGAAAAUAUAAGAACAAAACCAAGCUUCACUAGAUUUCCGGCUUAUGAGCUGAAUACCAAUUUUAAACCAUCUAAAUAUGAAGAAUCCAUAAUUGAAACACAGACCACACUAAAAGAAAAAAGAGGAGGCAGCAAACCAACUGAAGAGAAAAAAUCUCUGCUGAAAGAAAAAGAUAAGCUAGAGAAACAAACAAAGGAGGAAAAAAAGAAAACAGAUGAGAAACCUUUUAUAGAAGAAAGAAGUGUUGAUUUUGGAAGGAAGACCGAGCAGAAAAAAUAUAUCCGGGAGGAAGUCAUUAAUCAGAAGUUAACAGGGAGUGAUAUUUCUAAUGCAAGAACUUUGAAAAGUGAAUCAACCAAAAAAGAUACAAAUGCGACCUUGGAAUCAAGAAGCAAAGAAGUCAUUGAGAUACCUAUCAGUCUUGAAAUGCCUGCUCCUGACAAACAGUCUCAGAAUAAUAAAGAAAUAAGGUUACAAGGUUUUAAAACUUCCAUAGGAAGAGAAACAGAUGACCAUGUGACUAAGCCUGCUGAAAUUCACAAAGUGAGUAUUUCAGAAGUAGAAUCCGAUCUCAAAGAUGAAGAGAGAACUACUGAUAGAAGCCAUAAAAUGGGAACUCUGUCAACUGAAAAUAUAGCAGAGAAUAUUGUUGCUGACAUUCUUAAAAGUUUUACACAGUCUUCUAGUUCACAAGUAUCAACAGACACGAAAGUGACCUAUUUUAAUAAGAAAGAACAACCAGAUGAUGGGAAAAUAAAGACUGAGAUCACAGUACAAUCUCAAGUUCAAGAAAAAUUAGAUAUUUCUGAUGAAGCUGACCUAGGAGGUCUGUCAAACCAGGAUGUUAAAAAAGUGGUUCGAGAGAGUGUUGAGGGAACUCCUUCCAAAGGGGAGAUAGAAGAUAUAGUACAUCAUGGCCUGAAAGGAAACGAGGGCAGAAAGAACAUGUCUGUUAACGUUGAGAUUGUAGAGGAGCCACUAGAUUAUGCCACUGAUGAAAGGACUGACUUUUCAACACCUUUUGAAGUAGAGGAAGUUGAAGAUACGUUCCCUGAGAGAGAGAGGCAUUACGGGGAUGAGGAGGAACAAAACAUAACGUUCACAUAUGAAGAUGUUAAAAAGAAGAAACAACGCCAUGAGAGUUUCACUCAUGUGGAAGAAGUAACUGAGGAAGAUGACUCACCUAUUGAACAAAAAUAUUUUGUAUCUGUUCCGGAUGAUCAUCCUAUUAUUAAUGAAAAAGACGAUGACUCAGUAUAUGGGCAAAUUCAUAUAGAAGAAGAAUCAACUAUUAAAUAUUCUUGGCAAGAUGAAUUUUUGCAAGGCACACAAAGGAAGAGAGAUGAAGGUGUAAGCUCUCCAGAAGAAACAUAUCAAGUGGUAGGGGAGGAAACAAGUGCCCAUAUUUUAAAAGAGCAUCCUAAAACUGAAACAUCCCAUGUUGAAUCCGUUGUUAUUGAAAAAGAAAUUAAAAUUCCCCAUGAAUUUCAGACUUCAAUAAAAGGGCUUUUAUCAAAGGAAACGAAGGACCCUAAACAUCAAUUGAAGGAAGCUUUGGAGCAGUUGGAGGGCAGUCUUCCAGAAAGCGUGAAAGAGGAGCUGUCUGCAUUAACAAAAGAAAAUCAAGCUGACUCUAGUAGCUUAGAAUUUGAUAUCAAAAAAGUUGAUCAAAAGGAGGAGGGUGGCUUGGUGACAAUUGUUGCUGAAGUCAAUCUGUCACAGACUCUUAAUACUGAUGAAUUUGAUGUAGCUCAGCUUGGUGAAGUAAUUGCAAGUGAGAAGGAGAAGGCAAUGUUGCACUCCCUGAAAAAAGAGAGCUCGGAGAGAGUUGUUGAUGGUAGAAGCAAUAUAGUAGAUGUUUCUUCCCGCAGUGAUCAAUACACACCUUUGGCUGAUCAAGAAAUCUAUAACUCCUCCACAAUAAGGAGGAGUGGUGGCACAGGGUAUCAUACCACUGAAAAAGUUAUUUAUGACGGUUCGGGUUUGGAAACUGCAGAUUUUGGAAAAGUCUCUCUCUCACCACAAUCAACUGAUGAGACAAAAUCCAUAAGGCAUAUUAAGGUUGGUCCAGCAGAAGUUCAGAGAUUUGAGCAAAUCGUAUAUGAAGGGCCUGGUUCCGAAACGCUGGAGCUCAGUGCUACAGAAGAUCUUGUUCAGACAGAAGGAUCGUCAGAGUUCAGCCGAUCUGUGAAGCAUUUUAAACUGGGUCCUAAAGAAAUCCAAACCACAGAAGAAGUAAUUUAUACAGGCCCUAUUACUACAACUGUCGAAGAGAUUGAUUCUGGAAAUCUUUCCCAGAAGUUUUCAACAGACUUCAGCAGGUCCACAAGACAUGUCACAGUAGGAUCAAGGCAAGUAACUGAAGAAGUCUCUUUUGAAGGGCCUGUUUCAGACUCUCUGGAGCUCAAUAGUUCAGGUAACCUGUCUCAGACAGAAGGGUCCGUGGAUGUCAGCAGAUCAGUAAGGCACUUUAGAUUAGGUCCAAAAGAGAUUCAUACUGAGCAAGUUAUCUUCGAAGGACCAAUCUCCGGUAAAGUGGAGGUCAGUGACACUAAAGACUUCUCACAGACAGAAAGUUCAGUCAGACACAUUCAGUUAGGUCCCCAAGAGUUUAUGACAGCUGAAAAAAUCAUCUAUCAUGGCCCUGUCUCUGAGCACACAGAAAUCAGUGAACUGGAAGACCAGACUCUUUCAGAAGGCUCAAUAAAGCAUGUUAGACGAGGUCAAGUGGGAGUUAAAACCACUGAACAAAUUAUAUAUCAGGGCUCCCUUUCUGAAACUCCAGACCUCAUUAACGAAGAAGGACAUCUUUCAGAGAAUGAAGGAAGCUCAGCUAUCAAUAGAUCUUUCAGGCACAUUAAAAUAAGUCCUGGAGAAACUCAUGCUGAGCAAAUAAUCUUUACAAGACCUAUUUCUGAAACCCUGGAAGAUCUUUCACAAACAGAAGAGUCAGCUGAGAGCAGUAGGUCUGUAAAGCAUAUUAAAGUAGGAUCCAAGGAAACAUCUUUUACUUUUCAAAUGGAUGUUUCCAAUAUGGGUGGAAUAUCUACAGUAAAAAGUGGAGAACAGCAAGCAACAAUGCUCAUAUCCAAUAAGCAAGACCCUUCUGUUAGUCAGUCACAGAUUGUAGUUGAAAGUGACCAGAUUGUAGAAAACGAAAAUAAAAGAGGAGGCUAUGUUCUCUCCAGUUUUUCUCAAGAUCAUGGUGAAAAGGUAGUGGAAAAGUCAUUUUUUGAUAAAACAGUACAGUUGCAAAGAAUGGUAGACCAAAGGUCAGUUAUUUCUGAUGAAAAGAAAGUCGCUCUUCUCUAUCUGGACCAUGAGGAGGAAGAUGAUGAUGAUAAUGAUGGACAGUGGUUCUGAAAGGACUCUUUAAUGAAGUCUACUUAGGAAUUUGUUUAUCAAAUUUUUGAUUAUCCUUUUUUUUUUAAGAAAAGAAAAAAAGGGAUGGGAAAACACACUAUUUAGAUUAUUAACAGUGGACUGAGAAGUACUGAAUCUAAGCCUCUACCUAUUCAGCACACUUCUUUAUUGAAAAUUUUUUAUGGGGGGAGAAAUCAUGCUAUUAAUAUGUUUUUCCUCAGAGACGUGUAUAAUAAUUUCAGCUUUUUCCACCCACAGAGACAGGAAUUUGCUACUGGGGAAUUCAAAGGAUUGUAUUUUUUUGUUUGUUUUAUGGCAGGUCAAUGAGUAAGUGUGUGCUUGAAUAGGACUUCACUAUUAUUUUUUUAAAAAUACUGUAUUGUACUUGGUUACUAAAAUAUUCAGCAACUCUAUGUAAAUCUCAAGCUACUAAACACAAAUAUAACAGAAUAUAAUACUAAUGAGAGUGGUAGGUAGCGGAUUUUCAGUUCCAUUUCUAUGUACUUAUAUGCAAUACCUAAUGAAAACAUUUUAAGAUACAGUUGUUAUAUCUAUAAAAAAUACAAUUCUUGUAGGAUCAAACUAAGCAUAGCAAGAAUUGACAAAAAUUAUAUUAUUUGUAUAGCUAGAAUGCAGUGCAAAAAAAAAGUAACACUGAAUCAAGAAUUUCUUGCAGUAUUUAUAAUGAGAAAUAGUGAUUUUUAUGGUUGGACAGUAGUACAUUUAAUAUCUUUAAAAAGAAAACAAAUUUAAAAAAUAGGCUGGAUAUUAUUUCCACUGAAGUAAGAAGAACUCUUUACAGUUUCAGUGGCUACGUCCAUUAAUAACAUCAACUUAUUUUGAAGUAUAUGGGUUACCUUGAUACUAGGUAUUGCUGAAGGUAAGUGUGAAGUGUCAAACAUUAUUACAUAAUGCCUAAUUUCUUAACACAGUGAAAUUAGCUAAUAUGUGUUCUAUUCUGAAGAAAACUUGUACAAAUGGCAUAGAUGACACAAUCAUUGUGUGUCAAGUCAUUUCCAGAUAAACCUUUCUUUUGUUUACAAAUGAGAAGAUGCCCUUUUUAAUUACUAGCCCGGCAAACCCAACCUGAGAUUUGAAUUUUCCUUUUUUUUUUUUUUUCCCCUGGUUGUAACAUUUGCCUCAGGCCAAAGUAGAUUUCUACUUAAAUCAUUUGAAAAUAAGCUGAUUCCACUUGGAUUGCACAUUGGUUAAAUGAACGACAUAAUUUAACUUUACAAUCAUAAUUCAGUGACUUCAAAGUCCAGAUCAGAAGCCAGCACCAUUAGUUAGUACUAGACUGUACUAAAGUGUGCGGUGCUGGCAGAAGCAAAAAUAGCAGCCAAAAUAUUUUUGUCACUGGGGUAAGAAGAUACCAUACUGGACACAUAUGAGAAAUAAGAUGCACAAAUGAGAAGCUGCUAUUUUUACAUGCGCGCACACACACGCGUGCACAUUCACUCGCUUGCUCUCUCGCACCUCUGCAGAGUAGAAACACACCUGUAUCCGGAUGGCUAUGUUGUGCCAGUCCGAUGGUCUCAAGAAUUUUUCUCCUGUGGUUAUGUAAGCAUAGUUUUGUGUAUGCUAAUCCAGAUUAGAAUCCAGUUAAAUUAUCUUAGUCUGGCGUGGCUAGUCACUUUUCAGAUUCCUUAGUAUUAACAGAAGCUAGAUUAUUCAAAACUGACUGCUACUUUAUAAUAUUGAAUGUAAAUGCAAAGCUAAAGAGAAGCUCCAUGCUGACUGACCUAUCGUGCUGUUUCAGAUAUGGGACAGUUAAAUUGUUGUGUGCCUUAGUUACUAAGUUUGAAACUGUACAGAGCUAUUAAUGUUCCAGAUAUUAACUCAUGAGGUUUGUCUGCACUGCAAAAGUUCCUGUACCUUUUCCUCAUUUUGUAUAAGUGUGAGUACCAGUGUAGAUCAGGAGUUGAUAUUUUUCAAUCAUGUACUAUGAAAUCGUUUGUUGAAAUUAGAAGUGUAACCAACAGCUGGAAAAUGAAUAGGAAACUAAGUUGUGUGGAAGCACUAAAGGCAUGUAUGCUAAGCUUAUUUAUACUACUCACUGUGUAAUGGAUAAUAAUAUUUUUUCAAAAUUAUUCAUAUGUGCUCAAAAAAGAUCUUGUGCUUCCAUUUAUAAAUAGGGUGUUACUGAUUGUAAUAUUUCUACUGUCCUAUACUUUUGUUUCUUUUGCUGACCCUAUGAUUUUAAAGAUUGUAACAUCUCUGUGCUUAUUUUAAUAUUCAUGUAUAAGCCAGAAUUUUCCAGCUAGAUGCCUAACUGCAAGCAAUCAGAUUCUAAUAAUUGCAUAAAGGAAGAAGUCAGGUUUGUAAUAAGCAACAGAGUCAAAAAGAAAAAAGAAUCAGUGUUAGUUUUCUCAGAUUUUUAUUCUAAGCUGAAACUUAAACAUUCUCUAUAAAACAGAUAUAAGAAUAUAUGCAGAAAAUUUAUUUUGUAACCAACAAAAAGCUAUUUACAAGGUAAAACCCCUUUAUUGAUACCUUGUGGAAUCUUUGACAGACAUGCUCCUUAGGAACAACUAUAUCAACACUCUGUUAUGUUUAUCUUCACCUGCUCAGAGGAUUAUAAUGUCAGAUGAAGGAAUAAACCAGUGAGGAACAAGUGAAUCAUAAAGUGUAGAUGGCCCUAGCAUUGAAGGAGGGGGAAAAAAAAAAUAAAAAUCAAUAUUGUUUCCACUGAGGCAACAACAGCUCUUUAAAAAUUCCUUUACACAUCACCGUCAGAUGUAGUAGGUUAUACCAAGAUCUAUUUCUAUUUUGAUUGUCUGGAGAGAAAUAUUUGUUCUGUGCCUUUUCUUUAGUUAUGUUUAACAUCCAGAUUUUAGUCAACUGUUGGAAAGUUAGUUUAUUGUAGGGAACUGGAAAUGUGCACUAGCAUAAUGUUUAAAGAUAUGCACAGUUCCUUUGCAUGAGUACUUUCAGGCUGUGAAAACAAAGACAUCUCAUGUAAGAAGGGUUUAAGUUUUAAAAAUGUUGGUAUAAGCAGCCCAUUUUCCAUUUGGUUCUCAUUAACCUGAGACAUUUUGAUGUAAUGAUAGCUUUUGGAUAAUACUACCUUCAGGCAACAAAAUGUAGUUAGGUGGACAGUUGCAUCCUGCAGGCCUAAUGGUUGCAUUUGCAGAAUCAGGGCCAUAGGUACAUGCAUUACUAGUAAAAGCAAAUACAACCUACUGUCUGAUGUACUAACUCACCCUGUAUGAUCACUUUCUGCAUAAGUAUUAUAACCUGUGGCUGAAAGGAUUGGUGAUAUAACCUCAGUCAGCAUGCACUUCUGAAGCUUACUCAUAUAAGUUAUGCUUUUCAUUAAAUACAAAUAAGAACUUUACUGCUGAGUUUGGAUUAAACAAAAUGCUUUUAAAAUAUUAACUUGGGGGCUUAAAACUAUGUAUUUAUAUGCUGAUAUAGAUCAGAAGUGAGGCACUGUUUUCCAAAUGUGUAAACCACUGGUCUAGAAAGCAAAUAUAGAAUAUAAAGAAAGAUGUGUGAGACACCUAGAACUCUGUAUUGACUGAUGUUUGUGAAUAGCAGGUGUUUAAAAAGACGGUAAGAAUGUUGAAACUGGGUUUGUUGAUGUCAGCUGUGUGAAACUUUGCAGGCAGCUUGUGUUUUGGUCAUUUGCAAUGAAACUGCAUUUUUGUGGUGGUAUAAGCUUUGUGAUUUUACACUUUUUCACUCUUGAGUAUUAAACAAUCAAA